CCUCGCAGUCUGAUCGUUGCUCUAUUGCUCCAAGCCUGAGAUCCAGGCUGGAGCAGCAGAUCACAGAGAAUACUGAUCAACGGCUGUCACGCCCCCUCAUAUAGACUUGCAUUGAGGGGGCAGGGCAUGACGUCACACGGGGCGGAGUCGUGACGUCACGCUCGUCCGCCAUUGUGGUCGGGCUCCGAAGCCUCCAUCGAUGCCGGUGUGAGGUGGAAGCCAUACAGCUUCAAAAACCCCAUCACAAAACCUGAAUGUGAGAACAGGUGAGACGGGUCCCUGCAGCCUGGAGGACACUGAGUGCGGCCUGAGACGUCCCGGUAGAGGGAGGCGCAGUCAUAUAAGGUGAGGAAGGAAUAUCUGCCUCAGGAAUCUUCUGAGACAAGGACAAUCGUACGGGCCAGAGGAAGCGCCUCAGUGCGUGAAACCGGUUGGAUGAUGACCGAUGAUGAUGGAACAGGACCCUGAAAAAUCCAAUUCUGAAGAAUAAAAUGGCAAAUCAAUUAGUUCCAGCACCCAAAAAGAGUCUCUCUCGUAAACGGUCCACAUGCUUCCUACCAGAACCCCAACAUGUACAAGGGUCAGAUUUUGUAGAGAUGCUACGCUUGAUCGGUUACCCAGGGGCCCAGGAUCUGAGGGGCCAAGAUUUUGAUUGGCUCUGUGACAGCAAUGAUGAAGUCGGAUUCUUCCUAGGAUGGCUUUGUGAUGUGGUGGAUGAACGCAAUGCUCUAAGCAAUGAUCAGCUGGAAGCCUAUGAUACCCUUUUGGAGUCUGGCCAACCACUUUUGGAAGUGGAAGAACUUCAAAAUCUCUUCAAAGGGAGUGAUAAGGGAGAUGGAGAAUGGGAGAUGGAAGACAUGAAGAGUCUGGAGGAGCUGGAAACAGAGCUUCAGAGUUUGAGAACCCUUAAAACACAUCGACUACAAUCCCGUAACAAGAUAGAGUCCUUGGGGUUGACUUUACUCCAUAACCGUCUUUCCUUGGAGAAAUCUGAGAAGGAAUUGGAGAAAACCUUGAGUUGCACCAAGAACGAACUGUCGACUCUAAACUCGAGGUGUAAUUUAACUCUACUGAAACUUAGAGACGUGGUAACAGAGCUUGGGCAAAGUCAUUCACCCCAGUCCACAGCUAGCAUAUUUCUUUCUUCAGUUGACUUGGAGGGGUACAUACGACUUGAAGACACAUGUUGGGAACAGGUAAAAGAGAAUGCCAAAGGAAUGUUACCUGUUAAAAUGGAGGACAUGGAGAAACUAAAAAAUACCAAGCAAGAAAUGGAGAAAGAAAGUGAGCGGGUACGAACAGCUUGGAUAUCUCAGAAAAUGCAUCUGAGCAUGGCUCUUGGUACCUUAAAUGGUAACAUGGAGGCCUUGGCUUGGCUUGAUGGGAUUUCUGGAGAGCAGGUUUGGGAUCCCCUCCGUCUGCCAAUAUUAGAAAGACAAGUACAGUCCUUAGAAGUAGAGGUCGAAGUCCUACAGAGGCAGAGGCUUCCUGGCCUGGUGUGUGAGGCUUCACUUGGAUUGUGCUUACCUGCCCAUCUGGAAUGGGUGCAAACAGAACUGCAUAGACUGUCACAGGUAGACCAGAGGCAAGCUCCAGUCGCAGAAGCGAUCCUCAAUGAGCUGUCCCGUCUCCAGUUGGUGGAGUUCGGCCUACAGGCAGAGAUGCGAGAACACCGCCAAACUGAGCAAGAACUCCGAGGGCUUAAAAUGGAGAUGGUAAAGCAAUCGUGUGAGCUUGGAAAAAGGUUACUUGGGUCCAGAGAUCUAAGGGUUAUACCUCCGUGGCUGACACCCCUACGUGUGGACAGCAAAGACCACACAGCAGUCAGGCUCGCAGCGAUGCUGGAAAACCCAUCAAGGCAAAAGGAACUGUUCCCAAAGUAUGAAGCUUUACAGCGCCAGGCGUCAUCUCUUGUGCAGGAGUUGGCGUCACUGAGCAGCGUCUUUCACGGUUCCCUACCACAAACUGCGGGUCUAGAACAGGACUGUGAAGAACUUCACCAGGCCUUGAGCCGUGGAACACGGAACCUGCAGCUGAGAGACCCGAACCUGACGCUCGCCCUGGAGAACCUUUCAUCCAGCGUCUCUCAGUUUAACCAGUGGUUUCUGGAUUGUCACCAGGAUCUGGACCGUAAGAAGCAGGCCAUCCAGACAUCUUACCUGGACCAAGAAAGGCAGCUGUACAUCCUCUUCUACCAGGACCCCUGUCUUCUGACCAGUAUCGUGCAGGAGGUGGAGCAGCGGGUCAAGGACCUUUGCUGAACCCGAUCCCCACUGUGUAUUUUGUACUAAAAUAAUAAACCCAGCA